UUUUUUAAGAAGGCUGUGUGACCCCCAGCACCUAUGAGCUGAUAGCCAUGAGCAGUUUUGUGGAGAAAUCUGAUGACAGUAAUUGUGGCACUGGAGCAUGACAAUGGGAGCAGGGUCUGCCUCAAGCAAGUUUCCUAGCAACAAAUGUGCAAGGGUCCUUUACUAUGCCUCGUCCCCUGUAUGAACGACGCCUUUGUUAGGAACUCUGAGCCCACUGUGCUCUCCACACCGGCAUCUUCUGCCCAUGAGUGCCAAACCAGCAAAUAAGCCCACACUAUAGGGUGGUCUGGAAACAUUUCGCCCUAGCACAGGGUUCCAACUCCUCAGCCCUGAGACAGAGGAGCAGCUCCUGAGAAGCCAGUGCAGAGAAAUGUGCAGCCGAGGGUUCCUAGAGCAUGGAGAGGUCACAGCGGCUGUGGGUCUCUGUGUAGCAAAUGGUGCACCAGCAGGAGCAGGUGCAAGGUUUGCAGAGUUCAUUAAUUUUUGCCUGGGUAGAAGUCAGUAAAACAAAGCCACAGAAGCCUAGAGGGCAGCAGAAAGCCUCUGAAGCCAGAGCCUGUCAACUGAACGUGAUAAAAUACCAUAGGAUGCACUGGCGUAGCAUGUCGGCAGUCCUAGCAUUGAGCAGGAAGUGGGAGCCCAUGAGUUCAAGGCUGGCUUGGGUGACAUAUUGAGACCCUGACUCAAGUAAAAAGUUAUGCAGACUACUAACGGAAGGUUUCUAAGUGAAUUUGCAUAUGCACAGGUCUACCCUGAAGUUCACUUAGGUUUCGUCAGCACCUUAUAGAUGUAGACUUGAUUGUUUAAUAUGCCGGUGCUCUGGCUAUGACCUGUCUUGAGAGAUUAGGUAUGUAAUUUCCCACGUGUGGUAUCAUGCUAGAUUUUUUUUCUUAAAUUCAGAUUUUGGAACACUUUGAGUUUCGGAUUGAGGUUCGUCAACAGUAAGAGACAUGGGCUGCUGUGUAGGACCUGGGCCUGCUUCUGAAGCACUGAUGGUCGCCGAUUACCUGAGUUGCUUUUGCCUCACCGGGACCAACAUCUGACGAAUAGGAGGGCGGGAUUUAUCUUGGCUUGCUUACGGUUUUAGUUUCUAUAGUAGGGAAGCACAGCAGAGUGGGUCGGUCUGGGGUAGUGGGAACACGAGGCAGUGGCUGCUCCCGUGUGGUGGGCCAGGAAGUAUAGAAAGAGACUGACCCGUAUCUAUAACCUGCACAGGCCUGCCCUGGUGAGCCCUCCUGAGGUCUCCAGAACCAAAACAUGAACCUGUGAAAAUAUUCCAGAUUCAAACCUGACACUGCUUUUCUCUUGACGCUUGCUAAUCCAUCCUUUAGUUCUCUUUUCUGUGAGCAAAUACUCUCAUUCCUGCGUUUUGAUGUUUACAAAUUCACAAGAGAUGUGGAAAUGGCUCGAGUCCCUUUCAUGUUCAACUGUGACUUUUCCUAAAUCGUCUUUAAUCUAAAAAUUGGUGAGAGCUAUUUAAGAAAAACAUUCAUUGAUUCCUCUAUCAAAUAAUUUCCGGAAUAUUCUUCCUUGUAAGUAAGUGGUUAAAAAUAAAGAAAAAAGAGUCCUCAUAACCACAACUUAAUUUUCUGCUACAAUAUACUUAGUAUAAAAUAAACUCACCAUUUUAAUAACUUUUCUUGGCAUCCAUGUACUUAUUACAUUUUUUUUGGUGCUGUGGAUCAAGUCAACUCCUUACAUCCGCUGGCAAAGGCUCUCCCGCCGAGUUCCGUGGCCACCUCUUAAUUGUUUCUAAGUGCAAAGUUCAGAAGCGUAAAGGACACCCAAAGUUUGGUCGUCACCACUGUACACUUCCAGAACAGAAAGUGUCCAGGUUAAAACACCGUUCCACACUUUCCCAGUCCCAGGAAAGGUGGCUCUUGCUUCAGAUGAGUUAAUCUUGCCUUUGCAACUAGACUUUUUAAGCGUCCUGUGGACAAGCAGGCAAAUCAGUCCUACCUCCCUACACUGUCUAACUCAGGGUAAGCACACGGUAAAUUCCAUGUCUGUUUCAUGGAAGGCUGGAUGCUGAAGGAAGGACCAAAUGGCCUUUUCAGAGACUUUGAACCAAGACCACUCUUAAUCCGAACAAGAACUUCUCACGGAAAUUGCUGGAGACAUACCGUCCAUUACCAGGGCCAUGAAGUUGACAUCCAUGUGUGAAUCAGGGUAGGUAUUGAGGUUAAAUGGAGGAAAUCUUGGAAUGUCUAAGGGCAUUAAGAUUUUCAUAAAACACGUUUUCAGUCAAAUAUUGCAAUCCUGGUAGUUUCGAGCAAAGACUCACAGGUUUGUAGCCCCGGAUGGAAAGUCUUGUCAAUAGUCUCGAGGAGUAGGCCAGGUACCACGAGAUCUGCAGCGGCAAUUGUCAAGAAUAGAGCCCUGGAUGGGACUUUCAGGUUAGUCUCAUCUGUAUGCUCCUGAGGAAGGUGCUGCGUUUAACAACUUCCCACCCACCUCAAGAUAGACUACAUGGCCUAGGUACGUCCUCCAACUCUCAGAAAUAUUUAAAAGGACAGUAACUGAGCAGUGACACACACCUUUGAUCCCAGCACUCGAAAGCAGAGGCAGGCAGAUCUCUGCGUUCAAGGCCAGCCUGGUCUACAGAGUGAGUUCCAGGACAGCCAGGGAUACACAGAAAAAUCCUGUCUCAAAAAUGAAUGAAUGAAUGAAUGAAUGAAAACAAAUAAAACAAAUAAAUAGCCAGAACUUUUUUCUCUCUCUUUUUUCCUCUAACCUAUAUCUAUUUUAAACAACCCCCAACCUUUCAAUCAUUGCCUGGCUAUCCGUCAUUGCCUGACACAUUAAAAUUAUGCUUUUAAGAUUUAACAAUGUAAUGCUUGCCCAACCCUGUUCUAUGGAUUUUAGCUCUCUCCCCAGGACAGACAACUUAGUUGAUCGUAUUCUUCCCAGCCUUCAUCUUGUUUAAGGAGCACGUAGUGUUCAUAAAGACACGGCUGUCUGCAGACAGUCGCCAGACUGGAAUCCACAGAGAGCAGAGCUGCUGUAGGAAGCUCUAUGUACAGGGAGUAGGAAAACAUGAAGGGACUGUGCCAUCCGUGACCACGGCAGCUCUUAUCACAGGCCCUGCCGCCCGUGUAGACAACCAGACACCCUCUUCUGAACACUGAAUCGCCACAAGAGUUUAUCCAAGAUAGGGAAAUUCUACUCCUGCUUGGUGGGCCAAGAACUCUUUGUGAUGUAGUUUGGUGACCUGGGUAUCUCUUCUGUGAGGAGGAGAGCCAAACUCUAGAAUUCAGAGGCAUUGCAUUCUAACAUCCGGAAGCCUAGGAGAGGGAUGACUAGGGAAGUUGAAUGAUGUUGAUCCCACCAUUUAUUCUGUGGGAUGUGGGGUACUCGGUUUAUACGUAUGGAUCCAUCUUCAUUAUUGCACUGAUAAUUUGGCAAGUCAAAAGGAGCCACCGAGGGUUAAGGAUGGGACCUACCAAGAGCUGUGCCAAGUGUUUCCGAAGAAUCAAACAAACUCCUAGCGAUAGAGCGACAAGAGCUAAGAGAACAUCUAAGGAGGAAGCUGAGAAACUGCAGAAGCUGCUCGAUACCAUGAAAAGCCAGGGCUGGCUCCCUCAAGAAGGAAGUGUGCGGCGGCUCCUGUGCCCAGAUCCCUCUUGCUCGAUCUGCAAUGCCAUGACUCUGGAAAUCCAGCAGUUGCUGGGGGUUGAGAACAAAAAGACCUCUUCUAGUCUACUGAGGCCCUCCCGUAGCUUUUCUUGCCUGGAGGCAUUGUCUCCAUCAAAAUCGUUGGCUGACCGGAGUUCAGAGCUCACUUACCAAGACACCAGAGACGUUUCAUUAUCAUCCAGGUUCCCACAGUCACAAGAAACAGACCAGCAAUCUACUCGGUCAGCCACUCCGUCCAUUGGUGACGCUGUCCUCCAGUGUUACCAUUCUGCUCCUCAGCAACAGCUGGACCCUCAAGGGUCAAAAAUGACCCAGGAUGCAAAAGGUCUGUCAUCUUCAAGUACAGACGAACCUGGGGUUCCUGCAAACCAACAAAAGAAGAGGAAGAAAACCAAGAAACUUGCCUUGAAGAACCAAGCGCCCACAGAAGUUGAAACGGAAAACAAGAUGACAUUCUUUUCUCACUGGGUUAACCCUGAAGUGAAAUGCGACAGGCAGGAGGAAUCCCUUGUCUUCUCUAAGUAUGACACAGGGGCCAAACCCAUGACUGUAGAGCCUGAGAAGACUCACAGUCCUGUCAGAGACCAAGCAGAGGGAGCCGAGAAGAAGAAGAAGCCCGAAUGUGAUCUCAAAGCCAAGCCUCUCCGUGCGAAGAGGAACAUUUGACUUUCCUCGACUCCUACAGUGCCUGCAGAGCUCCAGCCAACGCCCCCUCCGCCCAAGCAACCCUGGGCCCCAUGGCUACUCCCACAACUGCUUUGAAACUGUCUACAAUGUGUGUCAACCAGCUGGGAAAUCGAUGUCAGCUUUCCUCUCAGAAGGUUCUGGUUUACACAAGGAGGAUAAGCAUUUCAAGCAAAAAGAAUUCUUAGGCUCCCAAAGUUCUGCAUCCUCCCGAACAAAGGCUGUCACCCGUCAUCCUGUCUACUCCCAAGCCAGUGUGCCAUGAUAUUCUCCAAAUAUACUCUAUACUUAUAAAGCA